AUGUCGGAGACUGCUCCUGCUGCCCCCGCGGCUGCGCCCCCAGCGGAAAAGACCCCUGUGAAGAAGAAGGCUCCCAAAAAGCCGGCUGGAGCGCGUCGCAAGGCGUCCGGGCCUCCGGUGUCCGAGCUUAUCACCAAGGCAGUGGCCGCCUCUAAGGAGCGCAGUGGUGUAUCCUUGGCUGCGCUUAAGAAAGCGUUGGCAGCUGCUGGCUAUGAUGUGGAAAAGAACAACAGCCGCAUCAAGUUGGGCCUGAAGAGCCUGGUGAGCAAGGGCACUCUGGUCCAGACCAAGGGUACCGGUGCUUCUGGUUCCUUCAAGCUCAACAAGAAGGCAGGUUCCGGUGAGGCCAAGCCCAAAGCCAAGAAAGCCGGCGCAGCCAAGGCUAAGAAGUCUGGUGCGAAGAAGGUUAAAAAGGCAGCGGGAACGGCCACCCCAAAGAAAACUGCCAAGAAGACCCCGAAAAAGGCGAAAAAGCCAGCGGCUGCUGCUGUGGCCAAAAAAGUGGCUAAGAGUCCCAAGAAGGCUAAGGCCGCCAAGCCGAAGAAAGCCAAAAGCGCAGCCAAGGCUGUGAAGCCUAAAGCAGCUAAGCCCAAGGUUGCAAAACCUAAGAAGGCAGCACCCAAAAAGAAGUAG